AUGCAUAAGGCAGGAGAUGUUGUUCUAGGUGGGACGUUUCGGAUCCACUUCUUCUCUGUGCUUCCUGACCUAUCUUUUACCUCAGACCCACAGCAGCCUACCUGCCACGGUUUUGAUGUUGUAGGAUUUAGGAGGGUCCAGACCAUGGCCUUUGCAAUUGAUGAGAUCAACAGGAACUCCAAUCUGCUACCUAAUGUGACUCUGGGAUACAGUCUUUACGAUAACUGUGUCAAACUAGGGAUCGCAUUUCGUGCAGUAUUAUCCGCAGUCAGUGGUAAAGAGGAGCAGAUUAUAUUAGAUGAGACCUGUGCAGGAACCCCUCCAGUCAUAGGGAUUGUGGGUGAUCCUUUUUCUACGCAUUCCCUUGCCAUCUCCUCUGUCUUAGGUUUGUUCAAAGUACCUAUGGUGAGUUAUUUUGCCACAUGUGCCUGUCUGAGUGACCGGCAGAAGUUUCCAUCCUUCUUUAGGACGAUUCCAAGUGAUGCUUUCCAGGUGAAGGCUAUGAUUCAGAUCCUGAAGCGUUUUGGCUGGAGUUGGGCAGGUCUGCUGGUCAGUGAUGAUGACUAUGGACUCCAAGCUGCUCGAUCCUUGCAAUCUGACCUGGCACACUCUGGUGGAGGUUGUCUUGCCUACUUAGAGGUGCUGCCAUGGGGCAAUGACCCAGAUAAACUAAGAAGGAUCGUGGAUGUGAUGAAGAAAUCCACUGCUCGUGUGGUCAUUGUGUUUGCACAUGAGAGUUACAUGAUGAACCUCAUGGAAGAGGUGGUGAGGCAGAAUGUGACAGACCUGCAGUGGAUAUCCACUGAUGCCUGGACAACUACUACCGUCUACCAGACCCCGGACCUCAUGCCGUACCUGGCUGGCACACUUGGCAUUGCCAUCCGUCGAGGAGAAAUACCAGGCUUCAGGGAAUUCCUUCUACAAAUGCUUCCUGACCUACACCAUAACAACAGCUAUGGAAAUAGUAUGGUAAACCAGUUUUGGGAAUUCACAUUUCAAUGUAGAUUUGCACCACCUCCAUCAGGUUGGAUAGAGGCUGGGGGAACAUUAUGUACUGGACAGGAAAAGCUAGAGGAUGUGGAGACUGAGUUGUUGGAUGUUUCUGAUCUCAGGCAGGAGUAUAAUGUGUACAAGGCUGUGUAUGCGCUGGCCCAUGCCCUUAAUGACAUGCUGCAGUGUGAACCAGGGAGAGGGCCUUUCAGCGGGCACAGCUGUGGCAAUUUGAAAGAACUGGAGCCAUGGCAGCUACUGUAUUACUUGGAAAAGGUCAACUUCACCACAACAUUUGGUGAUCAAGUGUCAUUUGAUGAGAAUGGUGAUCCCUUAGCGAUCUAUGACGUCAUGAACUGGCUGUGGCUCCCUGAUGGAACAACUAAAGUUCAAAAUGUGGGUGAGGUCAAGAGGUCAGCCUUCAGAGGUGAAGAACUCACAAUUGAUGAAGACAAAAUCUUCUGGAACUUCGAAUCAAAAAAGCCACCCCAUUCAGUGUGCAGUGAAAGCUGUCCUCCAGGUACCCGCAUGGCCAGAAAGAAAGGGAAACCUGUGUGCUGUUUUGACUGCAUCCCUUGUUCUGAGGGGGAGAUCAGCAAUAAAACAGAUGCCAUGGAAUGCACCAGCUGCCCAGAGGACUUCUGGUCCAGUCCCCAGCGUGACCGCUGUGUUCCUAAGAAAACAGAGUUUCUCUCCUACCAUGAGCCUCUGGGUAUCGGCUUGACAGCUGCCUCCUUGCUGGGCACAUGUAUGUGUGCUGUUGUCCUGGGCAUCUUUAUUUAUCAUCACAGAACACCUAUAGUGAGUUACUUAGCCACAUGUUCUUGUCUAAGUGACCGACAGAAGUAUCCAUCCUUCUUCAGGACGAUCCCAAGUGAUGCUUUCCAGGUGGUGAGACAGAAUGUGACAGGCCUGCAGUGGAUAUCCACUGAAGUCUGGACAACUGCUACUGUCUUCCAAACCCCUGACCUCAUGCCAUACCUGGCUGGCACACUUGGCAUUGCCAUCCGUCGAGGAGAAAUACCAGGCUUCAGGGAAUUCCUUUUACAAAUGCUUCCUGACCUACACCAUAACAACAGCUAUGGAAAUAGUAUGGUAAACCAGUUUUGGGAAUUCACAUUUCAAUGUAGAUUUGCACCACCUCCAUCAGAUUGGAUAGAGGCUGGGGGAACAUUGUGUACUGGACAGGAAAAGCUAGAGGAUGUGGAGACUGAAUUGUUGGAUGUUUCCGAUCUAAGGCAAGAGUAUAAUGUGUACAAGGCUGUGUAUGCUCUGGCCUAUGCCCUUGAUGACAUGCUGAAGUGUGAACCAGGGAGAGGGCCUUUCAGUGGGCACAGCUGUGGCAAUUUGAAAGAACUGGAGCCAUGGCAGCUAGUGUAUUACUUGGAAAAGGUCAACUUCACCACAACAUUUGGUGAUCAAGUGUCAUUUGAUGAAAAUGGGGAUGUGUUAGCAAUCUAUGAUGUCAUGAACUGGCUGCAGCUCCCUGAUGGAAGAAUUAAAGUUCAGAAUGUGGGUGAGGUCAAAGGCGAAGAACUCAUAAUUGAUGAAGACAAAAUCUUCUGGAACUUCAAAUCAAAAAAGCCACCGCGCUCAGUGUGCAGUGAAAGCUGUCCUCCAGGUACCCGCAUGGCCAGAAAGAGAGGGAAACCUGUGUGCUGUUUUGACUGCAUCCCUUGUUCUGAGGGGGAGAUCAGCAAUACAACUAAUGCCAUGGAGUGCACCAGCUGUCCUGAGGACUUGUGGUCCAGUCCCCAGCGUGACCACUGUGUUCCUAAGAAAACAGAGUUUCUCUCCUACCACGAGCCUCUGGGUAUCGGCUUGACAGCUGCCUCCUUGUUGGGCACAUGUAUGUGUGCCAUUGUUAUGGGCAUCUUUAUUUAUCAUUAUAGCACACCCAUAGUACGCGCAAACAAUUCAGAACUGAGUUUCCUGCUCUUGGUGUCACUUAAACUUUGUUUCCUGUGCUCACUGCUGUUUAUUGGCUACCCUAGACUGUGGACAUGCCAGCUGAGACAUGCAGCAUUUGGGAUCAGCUUUGUGCUUUGUGUCUCAUGUAUUCUGGUUAAAACCAUGGUGGUUCUGGCUGUGUUCAAGGCCUCCAAGCCAGGAGGUGGCACCAGUCUGAAGUGGUUUGGUGUUUUGCAGCAGAGAGGGACAGUUAUUGUUCUCACUUCUGUUCAGGCAGCCAUCUGCACUGCAUGGAUUGUAUCUGCCUCCCCAACUCCUUAUAAAAACACUCAAUACUACAAUGAUAAGAUUGUUUAUGAGUGUGCAGCUGGGUCCACAAUUGGUUUUGCAGUGUUACUGGGCUAUAUCGGCUUAUUGGCUUUACUCAGUUGUCUGAUUGCAUUUAUAGCGAGGAAUCUUCCGGAUAGUUUCAAUGAGGCUAAUCUUAUCACCUUUAGCAUGCUGAUCUUCUGUGCUGUGUGGGUGGCCUUUGUCCCUGCUUAUAUCAGCUCACCAGGCAAAUAUGCAGAUGCAGUGGAGGUAUUUGCCAUCCUGGCCUCCAGUUUUGGUCUCUUGCUGGCACUGUUUGGACCAAAAUGUUACAUAAUCCUGCUGAGACCAGAGAGGAACACAAAGAAGGCAAUCAUGGGUCGGGGAAUCCAGACCUAGUAACUGCACUUAUUUUCACGAGAUAGAUGAAUACCUUUUCUGUAUACAUUACAAAAUACGUCAACUUGACUUAUUUUAACAUUAAUGCCAAAGUUCACUUAUGUCACGUUUGUAAUUUAUAUCAUGCAUGUAAUGUACAGAACUCUCUAGAAGAAAAUGAAAUUAAUAUGAAAUGUACUCCCACUUAGAUAAAGUCAUUCUAUAGCAUCUGCUAUAAUCACAGAUGGGUUUUCUUCUGUGUUACUUGAUAGCCUGUUGUGUUUAAUGUUCUGUAGUUUCACUCUCUUGCAGGGUCAUUUGUUUCUCAGUUUGAUAAAACUGUGCCUAAAGUCAAACCCCUUCAGUGCACAUCUGGUUACUACUUCAGGCAUUCCUUGUAGGCUGAUGUUUUUACAGACACUAACAUAUAGCUACAUGCAUCCACAAUGCUCAGACCACUAACACUACAUCAGUAGAUGCUAUAUCCUCUUGCCACUAUUCCUACCAUGUAUUCAAAAACUACAUUUGACUGGAAUUCCUCAUCAGAAGUAUGGAAUUGUGUUCAGCCAGCCAAAGAAGGUGUGACCUGAAGUAGCACAGGACAUGUGUGAUAUCUCUCUUAUUUAUAAUACAGUUAUGUUGUAAUGUGUUGCAAUAACCUCUAAGAAGGUCUAUUAAAAUGCUAAUAGUGGAACAUAACAUUUUUGGCAGCUUCCAUAUCCUAAUCAUACUGAUUUACAAUAUUGCCCUACUUCAAACAUACAGUUCAAAGAAAAAAUAGAUUGGAACACAUAUUGUUUCAUGUCUCAUGUUCUCAUUGUCAGCCUCGAAUGAAAUUAAAGGCCCACCCGACUUUGGGUGGUGCUUAAGAUUAAACAAUUCUGAAAGUCAAUAAAAGAGGUUGACUGUCAUGUUCUGUCAGACUGUGGUGGAUCUUUUGUGCUUGGUAUUUUCUUUUUCUGUUGUGCUUGCAGAGGACCACUGAGAGGCUGGGUGGAGCCUUCCACUCACCAGAGCUACUGACACAUGCUCACCUGCUGCAGUGUCUCCAGCUCCAGCAGCCCAUCUCUCCACCUCUCUGCAGUCAACAGCCUUACCCUGUGCUCACCAGAGUUUCAACUCACCACAGUAACCACCAGUGUGCAUGAGCACACCUCUCCUCCUUCUCCACACUCCUAGAUGAUUCCAUGGAGUGCAACAGUUGCCCAGAGGACUUCUGGUCCUGCGUCCAGUGUGACUACUGUGUUCCUAAGAAAACAAAGUUUCUGUCCUACCAUGAGCCUCUGGGUAUCUCCUUGACAGCUGGCCCAUUGCUUGGCAAAUGUAUGUGCGUGCUA